UUUGUAGUUGUUGUAGUUGCCCCAAAGAUGCCUCGCUGCUCUGUUCGAAUAAACCCUAAGUGUUAAAUGAAGAGUCCCUGAGCUGCUUCUCACUGUCCUGUCCUCCACUCUAGCUCACACAGGAAGUUGAGUCCAUCCUGAGGCUUCUACUUCCUCUGACGCGUGACCCACCAGGAGCCGGACGACCGGCAGGACAACCUGCAGGGCAUGAUGGGACAGCUGAAGUGCCUGGCCCAGGAGUUCGCACAACAACACACAUCUCCGCUAACAGACUCCAUUGUGUGUGUGGGGAGUGACCAGUGUGAGAGCCCGGCACAGAUACAGGAGCUGGAGGAUCAGGUGUCUGUGCUGCAGGAGGAGAACCAUAAGCUGAGGCUGUUGGCGGAGCGAUGCAGGGUGGAGGAGGAACAGCUCCAUCAGGCCAUCAGAGACAGAGACGAGGCCAUAUCAAAGAAGACCCUGAUGGAGGCGGAGCUCGUGCGGAGCAAGAAUGACAUGAUGGGCCUGAAUAACCAGCUCCUGGAGGCCAUACAGAAGAAGCUGGAGCUGUCACAGGAGCUGGAGGCAUGGCAGGAUGAUAUCCAGGUGAUUCUGAACCAGCAGUUGCGUACGCAGCAGCAGUGUGAGCAGAGUCAGAGGAAGCCUGUGGCGGCGGCCCACCCCCUCUCCUUCCUGCGCCGCUCACGCCGCCUCUCCACGGCCCCCGGCUGCAUCUCCGAGACCCCCACCACCGCCCCCUCGCCCUGGAGGGACUGGCUCAAGAGGGGCAAGUGAACAGCCCCCCCAUAUACCCCCCAUAUACCCCUCAUAUACCUCACCAGCUACCCCU